GAAACAAACAAUACACACAAAUAUGUUUCCUGUUUUUUUUUUAGUUUAUGUUUUAGUUGGCACAGCUUGUUGUGCAGCCAGGUCUCCACUCUGUUGUUGUCUUGCCAACCACCGAACCGUGGUAGAGUUGAUGCGUCUACGUGGAGGGUCUAAUGAAGAUGAUAUUUUGUUUUUUUUUUUAUAGUUUUGAUUUCCAUUUCCGAUCAGUAUCGUCAGUGUUAGUUUGCUGUGUGUUACCUACAACAUACUCCCUCCUUAAUUUAUUAUUAUUUGGUGGAACGGCCCAUUACCGCCCCUGACUAGUGGCUGCAGAACUGAGAUAGCGAGAAGAGACCGAGUAAAACCGAGAAAGGAGCCAGCAGCGGAAGCAAAUGCGAUGAGAAAUGAAAGUAUGAGUUAGUACUUAUCCGUGGACAUCCACCAGCAGCAACCACUCGCAGGAUCGCAUUGAUAGUGAGGAAAGGGCCGAGCGAGAUUUAUAUAUGUUUAGUACCGAAGAUUUCAACAGCCGAUCCCGGGCCGACUCCUACUGUGGAGCGAAAAGAAUUGAGCAUCGCGAUACGUUUGUGUGUAUGUUUGUGUACGUGUGCGUGUGAGUGUGUGUGUGCUUGUGACCAUUUAUACGAUACCUUUUUACAUUAUACACACGCACCUCUCGCUCUCGUUCGGCUCGGUUCUAUCGACUUUAGUACUUUUAUUCGGAAUGGAUCGUCUGAUAUGAAGCAAGGAAGAGAAGGACAGAAUUUAUGGUGUAAUAGGAUCGCCACUUGUAGAGUCAGAGCGUCGUGUGAUGAGCUAAGAUAGGGGAAGGAGAAGGACUACGAUACAACCGUGAGGAUAACGUGGGGGCCAUCCAACCAGUCAGCCAGUCAGUCAGUCUGUUUGUCGGUGGCUCAUCCGUUCUAUUUCAUGUUUUUUGCUUAUUGUGUACUCUCCCAGCAUAUCCUUUCUCUACCCACUCUUCACCUGUAUAAACCGUGUUUGUAUUGAUAUAGCAGCAGUAGCAACCGUGCAUGCGAAAGCCAUGGCUAAGAAAAGGGGCGAUGUUGAUGAUGAUGAUUGUCACGUGAUCACACAUUGCUGAAGUGUACGCAUAGAAAACGGGAAUGAGAAAGAAAUAAGAAACGAAAUAUUUGAAGCCAAAUAAAAGCGAAAAAACCCGAACUUACCGCCGAU